AUGAAUAGCUCACUCAUACAAUAUAUCUAUUACGAUGUGUGGCAUCAAUACCAGUGUCCACUUGUCAAGGAUUACCCGCUUAUGUCCACCCCGUGGCCGCUGUUACUCAUCACCGGAAUUUAUCUAACUUUUGUCAAACGAAUUGGCCCUCAAUUGAUGGCCUCCCGUAAGCCGUAUGACCUGCGGUGGCCGAUACGGGCGUUCAACGCUCUCAAUGUUGCCGUCAAUUUCUGGGGUCUCUACAACUUUAUCCCCCGAACCAACUUUGGCCUCAAUGUGUGGCGCUGUCCCACACUCUGCGAGAAUGUCGACCCGUAUUUCGCUUUCUUAGGAUAUAUCUUCUUCCUCUCCCGAUUGGCUGAGUUUAUGGACACUGUUUUCUUUGUGCUCAGAAAAAAGGAUAGACAGGCAAACGAGAAGAAUAGUGCCGUUUGUCGUCCCAUAUAUUACUUUAAAAUACUUUUGGUCGGCGACCAGAAUGUGGGCAAAUCAUGUCUAUUGAAUAGACUGACCAACAAUUCCGGUGACACCCUAUCGCCGACAAUGGGUGUAGACUUUGCCCGAAAGUCUAUGUAUAUCGACGAGUGUUUAGUGAAGUUUCACUUUUGGGAUCCGUCGGGAGACCAGAGGUUUCGAGACCUUUUACCCAAUUAUUUCUCAGGGAUAAAUGCCGUACUGUUUAUGUAUGAUAUAUGCGAUGAACAGAGUUUUGUGUCAUUGAAAGACAGCUGGUUUCCCAUAAUCGGAGCCAAUGCAAGACCGCAGCCGACAUCCAAACUAAUUAUAGCCAAUAAAUCGGACCUCUCUUCGGAUCGUGUGAUUAGUGUAACCCAAGGAAUACAAUUAGCGAACCAAACGAACUCAUUGUUUAUGGAGGUGUCGGCCAAAAGUGGCCACAAUGUCGAUAAUCUACUUUUCAUUAUUGGCCAACAAUUAAUUUCUAUUCAAAAACAAUUGAAUCAACAAUGGUGAUGAUGCAAAAAUAAUCAUGUACAGUAUAGUAAUUUGUAAUUAAAUGCCCUUGCACAUUCCACAUACGGUGAAUACUGAACAACAAGUGAUUAUAAAUCAAAAUUAACAAACAAUAUGUGAUAUCAGCAUAAAAUUUGCUUAAA